AUGUCGGACUCCGUGGACCGCGUCUUUGUCCAUGCUCUAGCCACAGUUCGCCGACUGCCUCGAACCGGCUCCUCACGACCGCCUCCCUCCGCCCGCUUACGUCUCUAUGGCCUCUACAAACAGUCCAUGGAGGGCGAUGUCGAAUCUAUCCUCCCGCGUCCGACCCUGCCCUCCGUAUCUCCAGACCCCAACAAUUCAAAGUCAAACAACGUCCACCGCUAUGCAUCUCGAGACCUACGAGUACGAGAAGCCGAGGCGGAAAUUGAGAAAUGGGACGCAUGGCAUGCUUGUGCCGGCAUGUCCCGCACCGAAGCGAAACGACGGUACAUUAGUACGCUAAUAGAGACCAUGAAGGAGUAUGCCUCUGGCACGCAGGAGUCCCGUGAGCUCGUGUCGGAACUGGAAUUUGUCUGGAAUCAGAUCAAAAGUCAAAGUGGGAGCUCAGAGGGCGAGGAUGCAGAGUCGCCCACGAGACGGCUGGAGCGGGCCGGCCUGAGGCAAACAACGAGCUUUGGAAGCCUACCUCCCGGUCAAAGUACACGAGGGGAAGGCCAAAGCCUGAGCAGAUUAAACUCAGACACCAAUCAGUUGCGAGUCCUGUCACCGGUAUCACAACGAGGUAGCGAUGAGAUUGUUGAGAGUGAAGAGGUGGACCCAGUAACCCAUGCGGUUCUCGAUCCUCUGUCUUCACGACGAACCCCUUCUGAUCCGGACUGGCGAAGUCGCAUUGAUUCUCACCUAAAGCAUCUUUCGACCGAGGUUGCUGCACUGCGAGAGCAACUAUCCGCAAACCACUUACUAUCCUCUUCCUCUUUCUCCCCCGAGCUGACCUCUAGGCGGAGAAGGAUAUUCUAUCGAAUAUCAACGUGGCUUAAAUGGUUGGCCUGGGCACUCGUGCGGCAGAUUUUGGUCGAUGCCAGUCUGGUGUUUCUCUUCGUCAUAUGGGCGAGAUGGAAGGGGUACAAAGACCGCGGGGUCGAAGACUGGGUCAGGCGGCGCUGGAAGGAUGUUACAAUAGUGCUUACUGAUAUGAAUGGGUGGUUGAGGGGCUUGGUUUCGGCGGUACGGAUCCCCGGGGUGCAGAACGUCUCCUGA